AUGGCGACGAAAGCCGCGGGCGUCGCGCUCGCGCUCGCGACGUGCGCGCUCGCGACGGCGACGUCGGGCGCGAUCGGACGCGUCGCGAACCGCGACGGGGCGUCGCCCGCGCCCGCGGCGCCGCUCGCGAUCGCCGGGGGGGCGCUGCUGCGACGAAGAUUUCGAACGCGCGAGGCCGCGUUCGCGAGAAUCUUCGAGCCGGGCGCGCGGGCGUGCGCGGAUCGAGGGCUGAAACUCGGGAUCGCCGCGCUGGGGGCGAAGCUUUCGUUGCGCGAGAUCGGGGAGACGGCGACGGCGGCGGCGCCGGCGAUCGCGGCGACGGUGACGACCGGGCUCGCGGCGACGCCGGCGCUGCGAAGGGCGGCGAGCGAAAGGUUCGGACCGGCGAGCGGGCUGACGCGAAAGGUGGGCGCGCUGCUGGCGGCGGGAACGAGCGUGUGCGGCGUGACGGCGAUCGGGGGACUGGCGCCGGCGAUCGGGGCGAGUCAGCGGGAGAUUGGGGUGGCGGUGGCGAACGUGGCGGCGUACGGGACGCUCGGGAUGCUGGCGUAUCCGUGGGCGGCGAAGCGGUUGUUUCCGGAGGGCGGCGUCCCGGCGGGGGUGUUUUUGGGGCUCAGCGUGCACGAUACGGCGCAGGUCGUCGGGGCAGGGAUGACGUUUCGAGACGCGUUCGAGGAUGAGAUGGCGUUUAAGGCGGCGACGGUGACAAAGUUGACGAGAAAUCUCACCCUGGCGUUGGCGAUUCCGUAUCUCGCGUACGCGUUCAGGAGCGCGGACGCGGGCGCGGGCGCGGCGGCGAAGCGUCCGGCGCUCGUGCCGGGGUUUUUGAUCGCGUUCGUCGCGAUGGCGGCGCUGCGUUCGCUCGGGGACGCCACGGAAUCCGUUCGCGACGACGCGCGGUGGAAGCGUUUCCACAAGGCGACGGGGGAUUUCGCGUCCAACGUGGUUUUGCCGACAUCCAUGGCGGCGGUCGGUUUAUGCAUGAGCGCGUCGGCGCUUAGCGGCGUCGGUGUGGCGCCGUUCGUCGUCGGGGCGUGCGCGGCGACUUCCGUCGGUGUGGUCGCCGCGUGCAGCGUCAAAGCUCUCGACGCCGCUGGCGCGUUUCGAGGCAUCGGCGCGAGUUGA